CUCUGACAAUGAAGCCUUUUACUGCAUAUCCUUCUGGGUUUAUUGUAUUCCUGUUUGCCUUGCUGCAGAGGAGCCAUGGACAAUGCAAAGAAGCAGCUAAAAAAUCUGAGAUGAAUUUGAGUGUAAAAUAUGAUCUUCCUAACUUCAUUGCAGAAACACCAAUUCAGAAUGUAGUUUUAUACAAGCAUCAUGUUUAUAUUGGAGCAGUCAACAAGAUUUAUGUACUAAAUGAAACUCUCCAGAACAUUUCUGUGUACAAGACUGGGCCCAUUUUGGAGAACCCUGACUGCGCGCCAUGCCAAGACUGCAAAGAUAAAGCCAAUUUAUCUAACAGUGUAUGGAAGGAUAAUGUCAACAUGGCACUGCUCUUAGAAACUUAUUAUGAUGAUCAGCUCAUCAGCUGUGGUAGCGUGUCCGGAGGCAUCUGCCACCGUCACAUCAUUCACCCUGACAACCCUGCUGACAUUGAAAGCGAGGUGCACUGCAUGUAUUCACCCCGGCUGGACGGAGAAGCAGAUAAUUGUCCUGACUGUGUUGUAAGCACCUUAGGAACCAAAGUUUUGGUGACUGAAAAGGACAGGUUUGUCAACUUCUUUGUUGGAAACACUGUGACAUCUACAUUUCAGCCUCCACAUGUGCUGCAUUCAAUAUCAGUUAGGAGGUUAAAAGAAACACAGGAUGGUUUUGAAUUUCUCACAGAUCAGUCUUAUAUAGAUGUCCUCCCUCAGUUCCGUGACUCGUAUCCCAUUAGGUAUGUCCAUGCCUUUGAAAAUGAUCACUUUGUCUAUUUUCUGACUGUCCAGAGAGAAUCUCUUGACUCCCAGGCUUUUCACACUAGAAUUAUCCGCUUCUGCACUUUAGACUCAGAGAUGCGUUCUUACAUGGAAAUGCCUCUUGAGUGUAUUUUUACUGAAAAGCGCAGGAAGAGAUCCAUCCGAAAGGAGGUAUUCAACAUUUUGCAAGCUGCCUGUGUAAGCAAGCCAGGUGCAACUCUAGCCCAUGAAAUGGGUGUUGGUUUGAACGACGAUAUUCUCUACGGCAUUUUUGCACAAAGCAAACCAGACUCUUCCGAACCAACCAACAGAUCUGCUGUCUGUGCCGUCUCUGUGCGAACCAUCAAUGAGUUCUUCAACAAGAUUGUUGACAAGCAGAACAUGAAAUGUCUCCAGCACUUUUAUGGGAAAGAGAGCAAAUACUGCUUGAACACAGCUUUUUCAAGAAAUGCUUCAUACUGCAGAGCACAAGAUGAUGAAUACCGCUUAGAAGUUACGACUCCUUUGCAGAGGGUUGACUUAUUCAUGGGCCAGUUCAACAGUGUCCUCUUAACUUCAAUAUCUGUCUUCAUCAAAGGGAACCUUACAAUUGCUAAUCUGGGAACUUCAGAAGGACGCUUCAUGCAGAUAGUGGUUUCCCGUUCAGAACCCACAGCUCCACAUGUCAGCUUUCAGCUAGACUCCCACUCCGUCUCUCCACAAGUUGUUGUCGAGAAUUCGUUAGCAGAUGAUGGCUAUACCCUGGUAGUGACUGGGAAAAAGAUAACGAAGAUCCCGCUGAAGGGGCCGGGCUGCCACCACUUCAGGUCCUGCAGCCAGUGCCUGCUGGCACCUCCCUUCAUGCAGUGUGGCUGGUGCGGCCAGCAGUGCCUCCGGUCUCCCGAGUGCCCCGGCGGCACCUGGACCCAGGAGACCUGCUUGCCUACAGUUUAUGAGAUUCUCCCGAGCAGCGCUCCCUUGGAAGGCGGGACAAAACUGACACUGUGUGGAUGGGACUUUGGAUUCAGCAAAAAUAAUAGAUUUGAAUUUAAAAAUACAGUAGUCCAUAUUGGAGGACAAAUUUGUGCUCUGGAAGCAAAAUCUAGCAACAAAAACAAGCUGGAAUGCACAGUUCCUGCUGCAAAAAAUCCAAGUUUUAAUAUAUCCAGUAGUAUUUCUGUUGGACAUGGCAAAACACUAUUCAAUACAUUUUCGUAUGUGAAUCCUGUCAUAACAAGUAUCUCUCCCACCUAUGGCCCCAAAUCUGGAGGAACAUUGCUCACUGUAGCUGGAAAAUACCUAAACAGUGGCAAAUCCAGAAGGAUUUUUGUUGGUGAGAAACCAUGCACCUUGAAAAGUGUAUCGGUGAGCACAGUGGAGUGCUAUACUCCAGCACAACGAAUUCCCCAGGAAUAUCGUGUGAGGGUGGGAAUCGAUGAAGCUAUUCGAGACGCGAGCGGUCCUUUCACAUACAGAGAAGAUCCCGUUGUUUUAAAAAUUCACCCAGCCAAAUCUUUUCUUAGUGGUGGAAGUACAAUCACAGCUCAGGGAAUCAACUUGAACUCAGUGUGCUUUCCUCAGAUGGUGAUUACUGUACCUAAACUGGGAAUGAACUUCUCUGUGGCAUGUAGCCACCGCUCCAGCUCAGAGAUAAUCUGCUGUACAACUCCUUCACUGAAAGCCUUCAAUCUCCAACCACCUUUUGUAACCAAAGUGUUCUUUAUUUUUGACGGUGUCAACUCUUUGUACUUUGAUUUUGAUUAUGUAAAUAAUCCUGUAUUUAAGCAUUUUGAAAAGCCAGUGUUCAUCUCAAGAGGCAACCAAAACAUUCUGGAAAUUAAGGGAAAUUAUAUUGAUUCAGAAGCUGUUAAAGGAGAGGUGCUAAAAGUUGGAAAUAAAAGCUGUGAAAACCUCCUCCUGCAGCCAGAAUCAAUUCUGUGUACGGUUCCCAGCGAUCUCCUGAAAUCCAACAGUGAGCUAAAUAUAGAGUGGAAGCAAGAAGUUUUGUCAACAGUUAUAGGAAAAGUGCUGAUCCGGCAAGAUCAGAAUUUCACAGGACUCAUUGCUGGAGUUGUUUCAACAUCAGUUUUAAUUUUUAUCUUUUUGGUGUUUUUCCUUUGGAGAAGGAAGAAGAAACAAAUUAAAGAUCUGGGAAGUGACCUAGUGCGCUAUGAUGGCCGAGUGCACACUCCUCACCUGGACAGGCUGGUGAGCGCAAGGAGUGUAAGUCCAACAACAGAAAUGGUUUCAAGCGAAUCUGUUGACUACAGAUCAACUUUUCUAGAAG